GGUCGCCUUUAACCAAUGAGAAAGCGUGUUAUCUAAAUAACUCGCCUCGUCAGUAAAUAGACGUACCUGUAUGUUUCAAUGGAGAGACGGAUUUCUCGAUAAAACAGAGACAUGGUGUUUUGUUUGUUAAUUCGUGACAUGUAUUGGAAUCCUAGAUAUUAGACGAACUACGCCAUUUUCAUUUUUGGAUUCACGGUCAUUUCUUCUGCUGCGUGUGUUUUCUCUGGAAUCGGGAAUAAUUUUGGAACAGCCAGUGGAGUGGAUUGUAUAUAAAGGCUGGAUUAACAUGCAAGUGGAUUUAACGAUGGUUCCUCAGGAUCGUAGAUUCUUCUUGCAACCAAAAAUGUGAUGAAUGUGGACACAAGUUGAAUAAUUAAUACAGUCCUGUAAAACGUUGUACCUUACGAAUGUGGAGCUCUUUUAUUUGAGUCUUCUUUGGAAAAUGUGUCAUACUCCAAAGUUCUCGGAAAUUUCAUGUUUAAUUUUUUUGUAUCCACCCAGCUUCCACCAUUAGUGAAUCCGAGACAAACUCCAAUGUUACGGAACACAGGGAUUCGGAAACUUUUAUGUUUCGUUCCAAGAGAUCGACAUUAGUGCGCGAGCUCUGGAAACUACGAAGUUCACAGAAUGACACCGAAAGUCAAAAUGAAAAAGAGGCACAUGAAAGUAAAUCGGUCCUUCAUUCUAUGUUGAAGCGACUGAAGGAGAAAAACUUGGAAGUUUUGCUCCAAAGUAUCGAGUCGAAAGGUCGAGAACAGACUCGUUGUGUUUUACUUCCGAAUGUGGAAUUAAAAAUGGGAAAGCAUGUGACAGAUCCCCAUGUUCUGUGUUGCCAGGUUUGGCGCUGGCCGGAUUUGACGCUGGACACAACGUUGCGGAGACUUCCAUGUUGUGAAACGGAAAAGGAUCCGCUGUAUGUUUGUUGCAAUCCGUAUCAUUGGAGUGUUCAGCAAACAGCAGAAUCUGCUUAUUGUGCCGACAAAGCAAAUUCUCUUACCUCAGGAAUUGAUUGGCCCAGUGAUAUUUCUAUGGAAGCAGUUUCCACAGAAACAGGUCUCACACCAUCAUGCAGAGGAAACAUUGAUCCCUCUGUGGUGGAAGAAGGCUCGGAGCUGUCGGAUCACUGGUGCUCUGUGGCUUAUUGGGAGCUCCGACAACGGGUGGGACGGCUGUACAUCGUACACGAACCCUAUCUCAGUAUAUUUCAAGAACUACCUCACGGAAACGGUUUUUCCUUAGGACUUAUUCAGGGCAAAACAGAAUUGGACUGUGUGAAAAGGACGCGAGAGAAAAUAGGACUCGGGCUCGUUUUGAGUCGAGAAACAGAUGGUGUGUGGCUGUACAAUCGGUCCAAUUAUCCGGUGUUUGUAAAUUCGCCCACUUUAGAUAACCCCAGUUCUCGGACGUCUGUAGUGAUUCGCGUGAACCCGGGGUAUUCCAUGAAUAUUUUUAAUUAUGAUCUGGCCAGUGUUUAUAGUGCAGUGAAGGAAAGGCAUUGUCUGGAUGGACCAUAUGAUCCUACGUCCAUACGAAUCAGUUUUGCCAAAGGAUGGGGGCCUUCCUAUCACAGACAGUUCAUUACGUCAUGUCCGGCAUGGUUAGAAGUACUACUCAACAUAAACAGGUGACGUCACGCUCAUCGUCAUGUGACGUUAGCUACCAUUCGAACAUCUUACUAUUCUCCAUAUGGUUAUAUAUAUAUUUAGUGCAUAUAUUACAACAAAAAUCAUGUUAUUUAAAUCCAUACAUUUGAGAAGAAUUAGGGAACAAUUUCAAUGCCUUUACUACUAUGUAGUAUUCGCUGAACGCUAUAUUUGCAGAGUUUAUUUAAUUUAUUUUUUAAAUUUAUUAAAUUGCAAUAUUCAACUCCCCAAUGCUUAAAUCGUAAGAAAGACAACUCUUGAAAUAUUAUUGAAUACAAAUAGUUUAACUACUCUGUUUUUAAUUUAUGGCAUGUGGUUAAACUUUGUGAUUGUUAAGUUGAUGGUACCUAUAAUAGGUAGUUAUGACUGUGAAUGUGGUGCAUUAAGACAAACAAGAUUUGUUUUGCUAGAUAUUGUUUUGUUUGUUAGGUGAGCAUUUAUUUCACCGAUACAGAAUUUGUCACGUGACUCAUUACCCAUACGAUGGAUGUUAUAUGAUAAAUGUUGGUAAUAUCACCCAAUAUUGAAUGAAAUAAAUGUUAAGAUUGUA